AUGGUGAGAACUUGUGGUGCUUCAUCUAAGAAGAUCCCUGCUUCUCAAUUCAGGAAGGUGCCCUCUCCAUCGCCACCUCCAUCUGUGCCAACGGCGCCUCCAUCUAUUCCAGCACCUGCCUCAUCUAUUGGAAAGACUUGCAAAUCCAAGGCGCGCAAGAAGGUAUUCUCCCUCUCUCAUGAACACCCCAUGGUGUUUCCAGAUAUCAUAGCUGACAUUGUUGAUGUUGCACCACCAUCUGAAGUGGUGGUGCCCUCUCGAGCCAAGAACCCAUCUCCUCUUCCGACUGAUUCGUCUCUGACGGCUAGGGCAAAAUCAAAAUAUGUUUCAUCUUCUUCCAAAGUUGCUGCUGCUGGGUUACUCAAACUGCCCUUGAAGCCGAGCCAGUCCACGAAAAAAUUUGUGGCUCCCAAAAGGAAAUUGGGGUUGGACACGUCUUCUUCCCCCUUGACUGCUGCCAAGAAAAGAUUGAAGGCUCAUCCCCCUUCUCUAUCUUCCUCUGAAUCUGACCCUGAGGAAGAAAAGUCUGAAUCUGAAGCAACCCGUGAUACCACCUUAUCUGAUGAAACGGUUCCUGACAAUGCAGAAUCAGAGGCUGAGUCUGAUGAGCCAGAAAAAGAAGACAUUGUCCCCUCUGAACAAGAAGUCGAAUCUGACUCAGAACCAAUUGCAACUCCUUUUUUUGUGGAUGGAAUAGUCAAGGAAUUCUAUGCCAAUCUUACUAAUGAAGUUAUUGAACCUAAAUCUUCUCUGUAUAAUAAAGUGUUUGUUAGGGGCCAUUGGUUCUCUUUUCCCCCUCAAGACAUUGCCCAUGCUUUGCAUCUUCCUCUUGAUGUCGAAGAUGAUGAUGAUCUUGUCUCUCUUGACAAAGAUGCGGUUAUCACUGAAUUAGUAGGGCAAAAAAUGGUAUGGCCAUCUAAUACAGUCAUCUCGGUCUCUAAUCUCACCUACACUUAUGCUGUCCUCCAUAAGUUUGCCACAACGAAUUGGAAGCCAACUUCUCACACCGCCACUAUCUCAUUUGACAUGGCCUCAUUUUUAUACAAGGUGGGGACCGAUAUUGGUAUAAAUUUGGCUAUGGUUAUUCAUGAUCAAAUCAUUGGGUUUCAAAAAGGUAAUAGGAAAAACUUGAAUCUUCCUUUUCCUCAAGUUAUUUACAAAGUGUUGAGUAUGCAGAAAAUAGAUCUCCAACGUGAUCAAGAAGACUUGGUGGCUCCCACUACUGCUGCUUCCUACAAGGCCUCUGCUCCUCCUACUGACGCCACUGAUGCUCCAUCAACCAAGAAAGUCAAGCCCCAAUCUCUGAAGUUUUCCUCGGAUGACAUUCCUCAUGCCUCCUCCUCUGUUGCCACAGAUUCAGGACUUGUUGCAACAGAAAUAGCUGCUGUUCGAGCCUCUGUUGAUUCUUUGACUGCUCGAGUGAUGUCAAUUGAAGGACUGCAACGUUAUGUGUUGCAGGCUGUUCAACUCUGUCCAAAGAUCCAGUCUUUAGUUUUAUUUCAGUCUUUGUCUAUUAAACAUUAA